GGUAGUAGUGGGGGAGGGGAGAGGAGUCGGAUGCACGCUGUCUGUGUGUGCGGCGCCGUUGUCGUGGUGCCAUGGCGGCCCAUGGAGGGCCCAAGGUACGGGCGCCGUACUCCUGCGAGCACUGGGAGAUCGUUAAACCAUCGGUGAAUGACCUUUCCCGGGAGGUCCGUACAAACAUACUGUGUACGGUGAAUGGAUGCGGGAAAGUGCUCCCUAACCCCCCCGCCCUGAACAUGCACUUGGUGAAGUCCCAUGGAGUGCAGGCCGGCGUAACGAACCCCACGUUACGGAAAGAUUUCAAAGCUCCACAGAAGCUGUACUGCUGCCCAAUAGAAGGAUGUCCUCGAGGAACCAACAGGCCUUUCUCACAGUUCUCCCGCGUAAAGCAGCACUUCAUGAAAAUGCAUGCUGAAAAGAAGCACAAAUGUGACAGAUGUGGAAAUUCAUACGGCACAGAAUGGGACCUGAAGCGACAUAUUGGAUACUGUGGGAAGACGUUUAAGUGCACUUGUGGUUGUCCUUACACCAGCAGAACGGCCCUGUUAUCGCAUACCCACAGGAUGGGCCACGAGAUUCCGAUUGAGCACAGAGACCCGCCUGUAAAGAAACGAAAACUUGAAGCAUCUAAGCAAAAUCAGAAAACUGUGAUGGAAGAGCAGCCCACCGUGUCCACAGCUACCACGAAUGAUGGCCAGCAGCUGGCAGACUGGAAGGCUGUCACUACCAAUGAAACCUACGUGAGUGCCCAAGUGACGGACAUGCUUUCCAUUCAAUCAAACCAAGCACAAAAACUCCUUUUACCAAAACCAAAACUGAUGUUCAUUAAGUUACCAGUGGUGCAAGUGGCCCAUCUGCCUGUCCUGGUUUCAUCUACAGAGUGCUCCAUGAAGCCCAUGGUCAUGGCGGUUAAUAAUCGAGGGUCAGUAAUGAGUACAUUACAAAUAGUACCUCAGUAUAAUGGGACUGUUCUUUCUAGCGUGGAUUCCGAGGCUAGUAGUCCAGUAGGUUCUGUAAAUACAUAUGUGCAGGUCAAUAUGGAAGGAUCACAGCCUUCAGCCUCCGACGCAGUGAGCAGUGUGACUACUAAAUCCAGAACCACGUCCGAUGUCCAGACUGACUUGUCGUUCUUCUCACACAAUAUGGUGCCAAAUAACUCUUGGACGUCUACUGAACCUUGCGUGUCGUCUUUUUCUCAAACAGACUUAUCGUUCAAUGCCCAAAUGUCUCUACCGAUUAGUGUUGAGACUCAGACACAUCAAGAAAGUGCUGCUUCUUUUCCCACCAAAUCUCAGUCUGAGGACUCUGUCAGUUGUGGUGGCACUUACGGCGUUUCUCGGGAAACUCAAACAAACACUAUGUUAAGAGACAACCUGUUGCUAGUGGACCAGUCGGUCAUGUGUGAUAGCAUCUUCACAAGUGCUAGUUCUCUCUACACUGUAUCUACCCAAACGAGCCAAGCAGGCCAUAGUUACAUUUCUGGAUCCUUGGGACAAACCCUACUGGAGACCAAUAAUCUCAAAGACAUCAGGGAAGAGGAGAUUAAGCAGACCUCUUUCAUGAAUUUUAACACUCAAAACGGGACGUUCCCACCACAAAACAUGAUCGAUAACCAAACCCAAACCAUGGAACUUUUAAGUGAUCUUGAAAAGAUCCUGUCAGACAACAUCUCCAGCCAGUCAAUGUCCGGUGGAGACACUAAUUUAUCAUCCAAUUGUAACCAAAACCCAAGUAUAGAUUUUGACAUAGAGGAAUUCUUCUCAGCCUCGAACAUCCAAACCCAAACCGAGGAGAGCGUGUUGGGCAACCUUAACUCUGAAUACCUGGAUAUAGAAACUCAAACAGACUUCUUGUUUUCCAAAGACUCCACCCAGUCCUUCCCGAACAAAGGAAACUCCAACAUUCUCAGCAUGGAAAUGUUUGAUACGCAAACCCAAACCGACCUCGACUACUUUUUAGAUAGUAAUUCUCACUUGCGUCUGGGGAACAUCCUGAAGCAGUCAAGUUUCUCAAUGAGUACGGAUUCUUCAGAUGGUGAGAGCCACGCUGAGGGGGCAUCGACCGGCAAAACCCUACCCUGCCCUUCUCUAGAGAGCCACGUACGGCAGAACUGUGCUGAAACGCAGACGACCGACAGUUCCUUUGAUACUCUCGGAAGUCUUUUCUUGACUAGUAACGAGACCCAGACUGCAAUGGAUGAUUUUCUGCUGGCUGACCUGGCAUGGAAUACAAUGGAGUCUCAGUUCAGCUCAGUAGAAACCCAGACUUGUGAGGAGAGGUUCUCUUUAUUCUCGGAAAAAUCUGACAACUGAAGAUCUUACCUCAGAACUAAUCAUGCCGAUAGCAGUGAAUGAACAUCACCGUUUCUUUAAUCAGUCUGACCAUGCAUGUCUUUAUGCAUCCUGUGAAACCAACCUUCCUCCCUGUCCUGCGACAGUCUUGAGACGUUGCGGCAGAAACUACUACAGCCCAACGACGCAGUGCUCUGUUACCGUGAUUCUAAAAGCUUAUGCAUGUGUCAUUGGACAUUAGGUGGUCAGUCUAUUUUUAUAUUGGCUGUGAAACCUCGAGAAGCACUUUAUUUAUUUGGUUUCCAUUGUAAAUUAUUUAUUCUGUCAUGAUAAAGGAUA